GUUAAAAGUUCGUCCUGGUUUCAGAAAGAGAAGGACGUACGAUUUGCUCCAGAUGUGCCACAAGUGGAGAAGUCGCCUGCUGGCCAACAAAAAGCAUCUAGUUCUUCCUCAUCAAAAGGAGAGCAGGAAGAGAUUCUUAUAUCCAACUUUUCUCAGGAACAACUCAACAGAUAUGAAAUGUACAGAAGAUCUUCUUUCCCAAAAUCAACUAUACGUCGCCUCAUACACCAGUUUACCGGUGCCAAUGUUGGGCAGAACGUUGUCAUUGCAGUCGCGGGACUCGCGAAGGUGUUUGCUUGUGAACUGGUAGAAGAGGCGUUGGAUAUACAGGCGAAAAUGGGUGGGCCGGAAGAACCUCUGAAGCCAAACCAUCUCCGUCUUGCCUACUAUUCUCUUGAGCGUCAAGGAAAGAUUUUCCCACAGAAUAGCCAACGACGGAAUCCUUUCAUGUAG